AUGGAAGUGAAAUUAAGUGAUGAGUCAGUAUCAUGUGAUAAAAAUGUAGUAUUAGAUAAAUGGAAAUGUGAAUUUUCUAAUAUGUUAAAUAGAAAGAAUCAUAAUAAUGUUGAAUAUAUUCAUAGUAAUGAAAAUGUGUAUGAUGAUUAUCUUGAUAGCUUUAUAUCAUAUGAAGAAGUGUAUAAUGUACUGUUGUCUUCAAAAAAUGGUAAAUCGCCUGGCUGUGAUGAAAUUACGGUUGAACUUUAUAAGAAUCAAACUGCAUUGUUAGCUUUAACUCGAAUUUCUAAUAUUUGCUUUGACUCUGAUGAAGUUAAAAAAUUAGAUAUUGGAGUAAAAAUUGAUGAUGAAAAAAUUUGUGUACUACUUUAUGCAGAUGAUCUUGUAUUUAUAACAGAAAAUGAGAAAGAUUUACAAAAAAUGUUGGAUACUUUAAAUAUAUGGUGUUGUAAAAAUGAUUUAGUUGUAAAUCUAGAGAAAUCAAAAAUUGUACAUUUCAGAACUAAGUCUAUACCAAAGACAAAUUUUACUUUUGUACUUAAUAAUAAUGAUAUGGAAAUUGUUCCUUGUUAUACUUAUCUAGGUUUACUGUUGUCAGAAUUUUUAGACUACAAUUGUAUGGCUAAGGCAGUAGCUAAAUCUGCAAAGUCAAUGUGA